GGUGCCAGUCGGCGGCCGUCGUCUCGGCCCGGGCGCGUCGGCAGCGGUGCGCCGGUGGACCGCAGUUGUCCCGAGUGGUGACGGGAGCGAGUGAGAGAGAGCGAGGAACGACUGAGACCGCCGUGUACGGACGAUACUGAGGGAGACUGAGAUACAGCAGAUAGGGCUAACCGACUGACCGCCGCCGCAUCGAAUCAGACCAAUACCGCCUUCUACCUCCGAUGAGCGGCGCUGAGCCGACCUGAGCUGACCGGGCGCGAGCAUGGCGUCAGCUACCAACCCUCCACCGCCAGAGUUCCGAGAGGCCGAGCAGUACCGGCGACCGGAGCGGGCCGCCAACGAGGGACACCCCAUCAUACGGCCCAAGCCGAGGAGGCCCGGAGAGCUGAGUCGGACCGGCGGCGCCGACGUGGGCUUCAUGCUGCGGACCGCCCCCGUCCCCGGCGCCGCCCCCGCCCAGGGGCUGCCGCCCGGGGCGUCCGUCUCGACACCGGCCAGAGACCAGGUGGCAGGGGCGGCGGCCGCCAGCCCGGCGCCCAAACAUGCUCCCGUCACUCAGGUGUGUCGUGGUCCGCAGCCGCACAUGAGUCGCUCCCAGAGUGGUGAGCGUUCGGCGCCGCCGCCGCAACUGCUGGCCGGAUCGCCUCAGACGGGCCACCCGCCAUUCUACCAGGCCACGGCCAUGUACAAGCCGCCGGCGCAGCGGCACAGCCCCGGCCCCAAGCCGUCGCCGCUGAAGGAGGUGCGCGCUCCGGCGGCGCGCCUCUCGCCGCAGGGCCCUCCGUCGCGGCUCAACAGUCCGCCGGUCAAGCUGUCGCCUCUGAUGGCCUCGCCGCUGUCAGCCCAGUCUCCGGCGCACCUCCAGAGCCAGGGCCCGGCUCAGUCCCCGCUGACCUCGCGGCCGCAGACGGCCGCCUCACCGCCCGGUGAGGAGCCGCCGCAGACCCCGCCGGAGCGGGACGUCGGCUACGCCAGCGCCUGGGCAGAGAUCCCCAGCCGAUCCUACCACGCCAAGGUGGCGAAUGUGGCGGCCGAGCGGCCGCUGACGCUGUCGCCGCCGGCCGGACAGUACUGGGCGCAGAGCCAGGGCGUGCGCCAGCCGCGCUGUCAAGUCAGCGUGCCGCUGCAGCCGGCGCCGGCCGGCUCGGCCGGCUCCUCGCUGGAGAGGGAGCCCGCAGAGGCCUGUCAGAGGGACCCCACUCCCGGCGAGUCGGACAAGGAGGCCGUGGAGGAGGCGGCGCCGCUGUCCGCCAAGGAGCGCAAGGCGCGCGAGCAGACGCACGGGGAAACCACCACCGACUGCGGCACGCUCGACAAGAGCUCCUCCGAGAACGACGCCAUCAUGAGUCGAAAACGGCCGCCGACCAAGCUCAAGUCACGCCGGCGGAACAUCCUCAGCUUCCCGCAGCAUCUGAACGCGGACGACCUGCGCUGUCAGCGGCGUCCCGACCCGUACGGGGGCGGCUCGUCGUCGGACGAGAACCGGUCGUCGGGUCAUGCCAGCAUGUCGGACGGACACACGUCCUCAUCACCGCCGGCAGAGACGCUGCCCCGACACGAGCACUACCGCAGCCAGCUACGGUCGGUACCGGAGGACGAGCGUCUGUCUGGUCCGGCUCCGGCGCCGGCGCGCGCGGUCCGCUCCCAGAGGCCGGGUCCGCUGCGGGCCGGUCGACACCGCCCAAAGGACGACCUGACGCUGCAGCUGGAGUCGGCCUCUGGUCUGGACGACAUCAAGCAGGCCAUCGAGCAGCUGACGCUGCGCUCCCAGGGCUCGCGCACCUCCUACUCGACAUCCACCUAUUCGUCCAUGUCGGGCUCGGAGUCGGAGCCGGUCCGGCGGCUGAUCCGCCACUCGUCGCUGGAGACGGUCAACACCAACGUCACCGCCGCCGACGAGUUCGUCUGGGUCGACUCGCACAACAGGCUGGUGGAGCUGCAGCAGCUGCCCUGGUCCAACCACGACGUGCUGCGCGUCAUCCAGAACGGCCGCAUCAAGGACCAGAUGGAGCGCGUCUCGAUGGAGACGGUGCCGCGGCUCUCCUAUCUGCUGCAGCGCGCCAUUGUGCGCGUGGCGCGCGAGGCGCAGCGUCUGGCGCGCGCGCUGGGUAUGUGCAGCAAACAGGAGGUGCUGUCGGCGCUGCGCGUGGUGCUGUCGCCGGCGCUGAGCGACACGUGCUCCAAGGCGUGUCUGCGCGCCGCCGCCAUGUACACCGUGUCGGGCGCCGACCAGCUGCGGCAGAGCAAGAGCGGCCGGGCCGGCCUGCAGCUCUCCGUCGGCAGGUUCCACCGCUGGAUGUGCGACGUCCGACUCGGAAAAUUCGUCCACGAGUACGCAGCCGUGUACCUGGCCGCCGGCAUGGAGAACCUGCUGGAGGAGAUGGUGCUGCUCAGCCUGCCCGGCGACCCGCACGCCAUGCUGACCGCCUCCACGCUGGAGCACUCGAUCGCCAACAGCGGCGACUUCUGGGGCCUGCUGCAGCCGUACGCCCACCUCAACGCGGGGCGGACCGCCAGCGGCGCGCUGGCGCUGCCGCGGUUCCCGAGCACGUCGAGUCUGGACAGCUGUCUGUCGCAGAGCCAGUCGGCGGGGCGCUCAUCCAACUCGUCUUCGUUCACACUGACCUCUGGCGACGACCACCGGCCGCCGGCCCGGAACGCACAGCAGGCGCUGCUGACCACCUGCGUGGGCACACUGUCGGAGCUGGGGGAGCUAGUGUCGCGCGUGGCCCAGUACCACCAGUGUUUGGCCUCCUCCGGCACCCCGAGCCGCACGGCCAUCACCUGGGGACCCUCGGCGCUGCACACGCUAUUCUACUUCAUGCGAUGCUCUCAGCUGGAGCACGCCGAGCACGCGGAGCACGAGCGGCGCCCGCCGGUGCAGGAGCUGGUCUACGAGCGGCCGUACAUCGUGCUGCCGCCGCUGGUGGAGUGGGUGCGCGUCAGCACGGCGCACGCCGACCACCGGCACGCCGCCGUCGUCGACAAGGACGACGUCAACCAGGCGGCGCGCCUGCUGCUGCCCGGAGUGGACUGUCCGCCGCGGCUUACAGGGUACGAGGAGCUCAGCUGUCCUCGGAGACAGAUGGACGAGGCAGAGUGCGCCAGGAAGUUCAAAAUCGACCUGGCCUUCAGAAUGCUGAGUGUCGGCCGGACGGACCUGGUACCCCACGCCCUGCAGUUGCUGCCCUCCACCAAGGGCCAGCUGCAGGUGAACACGGUGAACGAGUCGGGCCUCUCGCCGCUGAUGCUGGCCUGCGUCCGCGGCGACGAGGCCAUGGUACGACUGCUGCUGGACUCGGGCAGCGACAUCGACGCCGAGACGCCCCCGCUGAGCCCCACACAUCCCACAGCGAACCCUGAGACGCAGCACUGGACGGCGCUGACGUACGCUACCAUCCACGGACACGCGUCCAUCAUCCGCCUGCUGCUGGAGAAGGGCGCCAACGUGGAGGGCGGCGCGCGCCUCAGCGAGGACAAGUGCACCGAAACGCCGCUCCAGGUGGCGGCUGCGUCUGGCAGUCUGGACAUCGUGUCUCUGCUGCUCAGCUAUAGCGCCAUGCCGUUCCUCUCCACCCUGCUCAACGACUCGCUCUGCUACUCGGGCGCCGCUCAGAAGGGCUGUUACUCUGCCAUCGCUGUGGCGUCCGCGCACGGUCAGCGGGCGGUGCUGCACCAGCUACUGUCACACCCGCUCAACAGCGGCCGCCAGGAGGUGCUCAGUCUGGAGGAGAUUCUGGCCGAGGGCAGCAGCCAGCACACGGGAGACCGGCGCGGCAACCGGCUGCAGGUGUUGCCUGUGAGCGUGGACGACCCGCGCACCAGCUCCCUGGGCUCCAACAACUCUGAGACGUCCCAGAUGCUAAAGCUGACCAAGGUGCAGAUCAAGGCACUCCAGGAGGCCAUGUACCACAGCGCCGAGAACGGACACCUCGAGAUCACGCUGGACCUGCGUAACCUGGGCGUGCCGUGGACCCUGCACUGCUGGAUGCACACGCUGGCCACCGCGCACGAACACCGUCUGGAGAACAUAAUCGACCAGCUGCUGCAGGACUUCCUGCAGGUCUGGCCCGACGACUACUCGUCUCAGUUCGUCGACGAGUGCCUGCCGCUGCUCUUCAACAUCUUCAGAUACAGCAAGUGCGAGGGCACGUCUCUGCUACUGGCGGACAUCUUCUCGUCCUGUUUCGGCCGCGAGGCCAUCAAGGAGAUCCGCGACUCGACCCUCACCGGCGGCCCCCGGAUCGACCCCAACUUUGUCAACAACCCCGACCUCUCGGACGUCCAGUUCCGUGUGGAGGGACGCGUCUUCUACGCGCACAAGAUCAUCCUGAUCAACGCCUCGCCCAGGUUCAAACAGAUGCUCAACUCGAAGUUCUGUGACGGCAAUCCGCCGAUCGUGCAGAUCAACGAUAUCCGAUACGAUAUCUUCGAGCUGGUGAUGCAUUUCCUGUACAAGGGCGGCUGCCAGCAGCUCUCGGUCGGUCAGACAGACGUGCUGGAACUGAUGGCCGCAGCCAACUUCUUCCAGCUGGACCGGCUGCUGCGCUUCUGCGAGGCGCGCUGCGCCAAGCUGGUCGACCUCGAUAACAUCGUCUCCAUGUAUAUUCACGCCAAGGUGUACAACGCGGCACAGCUGCUCGAGUACUGCCAGAGUUUCCUGCUGCAGAACAUGGUCGCCCUGCUCACCUACGACGACUCUGUUCGCCGGCUCAUCUUCGGCAAGAAGCUGCACAACCACGACGUGCUGGCGGGGCUACAGCUGACCCUGCAGACGCGCAUCAAAGCCAAGUGCCGGCCGGCCAGCUAGCUGCCGCCGCGCGCCCCACCCACCCCCAGAGACCCCCGUAUUUAUUAUCAGAUCCGGUACCUCACCUUCAGUCAGUGUCCAGGCUCCGCUAGGUGGCCCCAGCAGCGCCAUCGGGCGGCCAGCCGCGCGGCGGCGCUUGUUUGUUUGUUUUAUAUUGCGUCGCCACCAGACGUGGUGUUUGUCUCGAAGUUCCUGAUGGCGCGCGUGCGGCAGCGUUACAGGAAGGUGUGUGUGGAAGGCUCAGAGAGUCUGCAUUGGGAGUAGAAUGUCUUUGCCUCGGUUUGUUUGUUUAUGAUGCCACUUUGACUCACUUUGAUAUACUUCGUUUUCUGGUUUAUAGCUAUCGGUGCGAUGUGCUCCAUGACAAGGUAACCCGAGUGUUGUGAGUGAGUGUUUGUGUGUGUAUGCGCUCGUGUGUGUAUACCGGUAGUGGAGUGUAGUCCGGCGGGCCGUCCUCCGGCCGCCGUUCGACUGCUGCGUCCGUCCCGCCGCGCAGCGGUAACCACCUCAGUCUGUGCCUCGUUCUAGUUGCUCAAAGUGUGGCCGUCGGGCGCGGCUCGGCCCGAGAACAGACCGUACAGUGCCAUUGAGUACAACAAACAAACACUGGGGCACUCUGUGAAUCAGUCGCGUGCCAAUAUUGUACAUAGACUCAGUAUUACCGGUGUGUGCCGGGGAGCGCAGACCGCCGUCCGGCAGUGCGAGAGAACCGAACAAAUAUGAGAGAGAGAAAACUGUUUAAUCAGACGGGAGAAUGAAGCCGAGCGUCUUCCUCGCAUGUUCACGAAUGGGGAAGCGGAAGGUUCGGGCGGCGAACCUCUUGAACGAAUACUUAUCGCGGAAAAUUUGCCAUGAGAGACGAUGUGUUGUGAUGUUUGGCGUUACGCCAAAACGGUUAAAUACAUUAAAUGGAAAGUUA